UCCCUUUGCGAUUUGGCCACACUUCCAUUUCUCCACACACACACACACACACACACACACACACCAUGUUGUCCUGAUCCGGAGUGUGUGAGUGUUUAAUGCGCGCGGAGGAGUUCGGAGCCUUGGAGGAACACACACACACAGCCCGAGCAGUCGAGGCCAUGCUGAGUCACCUCUCUCUCAGUCUGAUCUGUGUGUUGGGACUCCUGAACACACACACGCAUGGAGUCAAACAUGACCCGGGGCUUGUCACCUCAGGUCCCCCUGUGCUCCCUCACUUGAUCGGAUGUCGUUCCAGUGAGUUGGUGACAUUCCGGUGUUGGUGGAAUUCUGGAACGUUCUCAAACCUAAGUGAACCUGGAGCGCUUGCCUUUUUCUUCCAGACGAAAACUAUAACCCCCAGUGAAUGGCAGGAGUGUCCUGAAUACACACCCUAUGUCCAGAAUGAGUGUUACUUCAGCAGACAGUUCACACGGAUCUGGACAACGUACUGUGUACAGUUGCGCUCAGCUACACUUAGACACAACAUCACGUACGACCAGCAGUGUUUCACUGUGGAGAACAUUGUGUUCCCUGACCCUCCCGUCGGUCUGAACUGGACGCUGCUGAACAUCAGUCGUUCAGGGUUGAACUUUGACAUCAUGGUCCGUUGGGCUCCACCCCCCUCAGCAGAGGUGCACACGGGCUGGAUGAGUCUGAAAUACGAAGUUCACUAUCGUGUACAGAACUCCUCCCACUGGGACAAGUUGGACCUGGAGAGUGGGACUCAGCAGUCUAUCUACGGUCUCCACACGGGUAAACAUUACGAGGUUCGAGUUCGCUGUACGAUGUCUGCCUUCAAAAACUUUGGGGAUUUCAGCGACAGUGUCUUUGUUCUUGUCCCAUCCACCCUGAGCCAAGAGCCAAAGUUCCCCACGAAGCUGCUGCUGAUCGCUGGUGUCAUCGUGCUGCUCAUCUUCCUCAUCCUCAUUCUCCUCUCACAACAACAGAGGUUGAUGGUGAUUUUGCUGCCUCCUGUUCCAGCUCCUAAAAUUAAAGGGAUCGAUCCGGAGCUUUUAAAGAAAGGGAAGCUGGACGAACUGAACACUCUGCUCAGCGGUCAGAACAUCUACAAACCCGACUCGUAUCUGGAUGACUCGUGGGUGGAGUUUAUCCAGAUCGAUCUGGACGAAGUGGCGGAGAAAAACGAGAGCUCCGACAAACAGCGUCUGCUCGGCCCCUCCCGUCACGGCUCCACUCGGUGCCUAGGCUCCACCCACAAAGGCGAUGACGAUUCGGGCCUCGAGAUGGACCCGGACAGGGAAGAGCGCCACCCUCUGGUCAGCAGGAGUGACUCGACACCGACUCCAGAACAGCAAACUGAGAUUCAGAUGCAAUUUGAUAGAAAUGAGGGGAAUAACUGGAUGAACAUGGAUUUUUACGCACAAGUGAGUGACGUCACACCUGCAGGGGGUGUGGUCCUCACACCUGAGCAACAGAACAACACACCAAGCAAGAAGAAGGGUGAAGAAAAGGAAGAGGACAAGAAGAAGGACAUCCAGCUCAUGGUGAUCAAGUCAGACGGGGAAUAUUCUUCUGAGAGCGUCGCCUGCCACCUCGUUUCCGACUCGCCGCCCAGUCGGGAUCCAGAUCAGCCCUAUCACGUUCUUCACCCUGACACCAAAGAAGAACGGCAGACGUCCUCUUACAUCUCUGACCCUCCCCCACCUCCCCUGCUCCCCCCUCUCCCAGACUACACCGUCGUACAGGAAGUGGACGAGCAGCACAGCCUCCUUCUGAACCCCAGUCCUGCACCUCAGACGCCAUCUUGCCCUCAGAAUCCCACCAAAUGCCCCCCAAACAUGCCUGUGGGGUAUCUCACACCCGAGCUGCUGGAGAACUUCAGCCCCUGAGUGUGUGACUCUGAUACACACUCGUCCUUCACCUGCUCUGAUCCAAAGUCACCACAUCUGGGCUGCGGUCUGAACCUCGGCCAAACCGUAACAGAGUGUGUGGUGAUCUGUGUGGCCGUGCCAUGGGGAAAAAUAACCAAUGAGCCGAGUGUGUGUGUGAGUGGGUGUGUGUGUGUUGUGUUUUAGUGAUGUUUCAGUCAAGUUACAUAUAAACAGUUUCAGACCUAUAUGCAUGAAUCAAUGCAACACAGGAACAUUUUACCUCCUGAUUAGACCUGUGCCAAUAAUCAGCUGCUUCAUUCAACUGACCCUUUAUGUCCAGUUUUAGGUCAUUUCAUUUACACCCAGCAGAUUGAAAGCUUCCCCCUGCCCCCUACUAGCAGGUAGCAUUGUAGCUUCACAGCUCCAGGGCUGGUGUCUGUGCAGGUUUUUUCCAGGUUCUCAGGUUUCCUCCAACUUCCAGUAGAUGGACUGGACACCCUAAAUCGCCAACAUUCUCAUAAAAAAGGGUUUACAAAUCUAAAGAGAGGGUCCAUGUUGCUGAGGGGGUAUCACCAAGGGGACAUCUUUUGUACCAUUAGGAUAGUUUUUCACCUGGUAACAUGAAUAUAGCGUUCUUAAAAAAAAUCAUUUAAACAGUAGACUGGUGUCCAGGGUGCAGUCCCUCAUCUGUGACCCAGAAUGAACUGUCCACCUCCACCCUGACCAGGACAAAGCAGCAUAGUGUAUCAUUGAGGUGGUACUGAGAGAUAUGAGAGAUACACCUUCAGUACAUCUCCAUGGACACAUGAAUCCACACUCUGAGAACUAAAGGCACCAGGAACUCAUACUCUUACAGGAACUUCUUACUGGUGUUGUACCAUCAAGGGGUUAGGGUUAGCUGUGGUGUGUUGUGUACCUGCGAGGCUACACAGGCUGUUCCUUUAGCUAGCUUAGAGACCAAUGCUUUAAAGAUACACCUGAUGUUCUUAAGGUCAAGUUACUGUAAGAACCUUAAUGGUGUAAAGAUACACACUUUAGUUCCACAUUCAUUCCACUACAGUCAAACAGAAACCACAGGUUUCUACCUUUAUUUCCGAGAACAUAGAAACAUUAUUCUACUUUUAGUCUGUUUAAUUUUUCAGAAGAAAGACACGUAGUACAGGACAGAUGAAGCCUGGAGGAAGCAGUGCUACGGCCCAGCACCUCUCCAGAGAAUCCUAGACAUCUUUAUUUUGAAAAAAUCUGAACAGAUAAUUUAUCGUGACUGGGUCAGUUACACAGCCUUAAUUAUCAUGAAUUGACCUUCUUGGAGAAGGUCCAGCCACAGGAACGGUGGAUGUGCACUUUAAUACACAAGCUUUUUUUUUAUUUUUAACUCAUUUUGUAAAGCACGAUUUUGGCACAAGCCUACUCUUUAAUAAGCUAAUGUGAACCAUGCACACUUCAUUAUCCAAUCAGAUUGCUCGAGCAGAGAACCAACGAGAUGAGAGAUUAACUAUGUCCAUGGCAACGCCGGUCCUUUACAGCGGCACAAAUUUCAGUCCCUGUGUGGGACGAGAGCACAAAUCCAGGGCAGGAUUCUUAAGCAGGACAAUUUAUGAUCUGGACGUGAUGGAGAAACGUGGGAGGAGGUGUGUGCGCAUGUGUGCGUGCGUGUGUGCGUGCGUGCGUGUGUGUGUGCGUGUGUGUGUGCGUGCGUGUGUGUGCGUGCGUGCGUGCGCGUGCGUGUGCGUGCGUGUGUGUGUGCGUGCGUGUGUGUGUGCGUGCGUGUGUCUGUGUGUGUGCGUGCGUGCGCGUGUGUGUGUGUGUGUGCGUGCGUGCGCGUGUGUGUGCGUGCGUGCGUGCGUGUGUGCGUGCGCGUGUGUGUGUGUGUGUGUGCGUGUGUGUGCGUGCGUGUGUGCGUGCGCGUGUGUGUGUGUGUGUGCGUGUGUGUGCGUGCGUGUGUGCGUGCGCGUGUGUGCGUGUGUGUGCGUGCGUGUGCCCAGAUCAUCAAGGUCAAGGAAAAACACCAUUGCUAAUGCCUCUUGUCUUAAUGAACAGAAAUGAAGUUGCACGUUACUCGUCUUACAGCGCCAUCACAGGCGGCUCGCUUUAAUGCACAUGUAGCAGUUUAAAAAGCAGAAUAAUAGCCUUAGCAUCAGGACUGUAAAAAUUUUUUAAUGCCAGGAAUCAGAACAGAAUAUUGUAAGUGUGUGUAGAUUUGUUUUCAUACAAUAAUCACAGAUUAUUAAGGAAAUGAUGGAUAAUAAUCUCCCCUGUUGCUAAUCUGGUGUCAUUCAGAGAGCAGCAGAAGAGCGUCUGUUGUUAUCCAGGACAAAUGUAGAGAUUUAUUCAGUUCACUAGAUAAGAGUUUUUUUAAAAGUUUGAGGACUGUGAUCUACUGAAGUGUUUGUGUAGAUGCUAUGGUAAAUCCUGACAAAGUUAGCUAAUUAUCGUGAUGCACAGACGAAACGCUCUUGUCUAGUUGUGUAGAAAUCAUCAGACGCCUCGAAUUGUUGUGUACGGAACCCGAGAGCUUUAUGUUUCGAUCACAAUGAUAAUCAAACGCACAUCUGCUACACGUAUACGGGACAUGCUACACUACAUGGGUUUACAGCUAAACCCAGAAGAACCUGAACAGAUAAGUGGAGAUAAAACACAGAGUUCAUCAGAUCAAUCCCAUCAAAUUAUUCUGCUUUCAUAAUGAUCAGAAACGUUAAAAUGUGAAGAGAUUGCGUCAUGCUGUCUGUCACACUUUAGUCAUCGCUGACCAAUCAGUGGCUCUCGGUAUGAUAAGCCCCGCCUCCUGUAAAACGCCCGUGAAGCAGGUGGUAAAACUCCGCCCUGGUUUCUCUGGUAUUUAAUUGACUAAAGUUUCUGAAAAGGUUCCUGUGGUGGAAAUGGUCUGAUCUUUGGGAACUCUGACGGUUUUACAGACGCAUCACAGUGCUGCUUUUACACGUUUUCUCACGCGUGUUUGAUGCGUUCUCACUGAAAUAAGCUAAUUUAUAGUUUAAAUGGCUCAUGAAACAGUCUGAUGAUGAACUUCACUCAAUAUCUGGAAGAAUUUCUGUAUGGAGCAGAAACCUGUGUGUUUUUACCAAAUCAGUUAAUAAUCAGUCAAGUUUACAUUAAAGUGGGCGGGGCAUGAGGAAGCGAGAGAGGUUUGAAAGGGAUGAGGGUUGAGGCCCCUGGAGUGCAGGAAGAGGAACAGUAUUUUUUUUCAUACAGAACUCUGGAGAACCGUUCUGAUAUCAUGAGUGCUUUAAUUCAACUUAAACAGCCAUAAACAUUUAUAUUCAGUAUUAUUCUUUUUAUUGUUUUGCAUAAAUACAAUCAUACACAGGAUUUACUCAAACAGAUGUACAUAUUAUUGUGUUUUUUAAAAUCUGGUUCACAAUUUCCGCUCUGUAAACACUCGGGCAUGUGGGCGGGGUUUCAUUCCUGAUUUCAACACACCCUCGUUCACUAUCCCUUGAUCAAGUCCACUUACUGCCCCUUUAAGUGAAGUGCAUUAAUUGAGGAGCGAGGUGACUUACCCAGAAGGCACUGCUCCAUUUCUGAAGCUGUGAAGAAGAAAAUAAUUAUAAACUUCACAUUCAAAAGUCUGAGCUGAUUCAACUUUUUGCUGCUCAGCAUGCUAGUGAGUUAGCAUUGAGUUAAGUCUGAUCUUGGUCAGUAGGGAAGGUCAAAAGGUGGAAUGAAAACAGGAGUGACCCCCCGAGCAGGUGUGUUGUUACCUGGUGUGUCGGAGUGAAAAUGUGCGCAUGCAGAAAUAAUCUGAAGCUAUUGAAGAUGAAGCUAAGCGUCGCGUAUAAACUCUUGCCUUGAUAUGGACAAUGCUGCUGCUCUCCGCUGAAGAUCCAGCAACGGAAAUGUCUUACACCAACACCUAGUUUACAAUAUGCAGUGGUCAGGGACGCACCGCACCGGCCAGGGAGUGACCCGCUGCUGACCUGUGAAGAUCAGCAGAGACACACUCAUUAAAAUGUCGUGAUGAGUGGACACGUGGACUGGUGGGGGUGGGUGCGUCACUGUGCUCAGCUUAACACUGAAUGCUGUACUGUUAUUAAACUCAGUCUGUGCUGCUGCUUCACUUCUUCUGUUUACUUUCAGGUGAAUUUAUACCGUGUGUAUUAGCUGUGUGUGUGUGUGUGUGUGUGUGUGUGAGUGUUUAAUAGUGUAUAUUGCACACAGUUUACCUUCUCUCUCUCUCUCUCUCUCUCUCUCUCUCUCUCUCUCCUGUUGGUGGAGGAAGUGUGUGACUCCUCCAGAGGAAGCUGUAAAAUUUCACAUCUUAUUUUUCUUCAGUUCAAUAAAAACCUGUUCGCUUUCCA